UUAAGCUUUCUUUUCAACUUUCAAGACUUUGAAGGUCUAAACCUUACAAUAUCCUAGUUAUUCUGAUGUUUGCCGCCACCUGCCGGAAAAAGAAGAGCAUUGCACUAUGACGACCUUAUCUUGUAUACAGCGAGAAGAAGGCUGUCCGUACAAACAGGACUGCAGUCUAUUUCUCGUCUUCAGGUGGCAGUAUUGUGCGGUAAUAGCAGCCACCAGGAAGAAGCAGCGAAGAAGAAGUAACAACCACAGAAGAAGGAAGUCCGCAGCUGUAGUCUAUCGCCGGUUGAUGGGAUAGCUGAUAUUGAACAAAUAUAUUUGUUGAAUUGGGUAAAGACAUUUAUUCAUUAUGAGUUACUUUUAACUGCCCGCUUUAAUAUAUUUUUGGAAAAAUUCUGCUUGUUUUAUAGUUGAGAAACCCUAACACAAAUGGUGUUGCUUCAAUGCACGUUCUCUCUCUCUAAACAGGACAUUAUCUUCUUAAUGAUGUGCUAAUCGCCAACAAAAUACAUAUUUUGGAUUGAUAACCACAUACCAGAGUCAUUUAUAGCCAUGCAAAGAAACAGAAAAAAUUACGCUUUUUUAAAAAAACUUUUAUAGUAUAUCUUCUGACUGAGGAGAUGGACGUAGCAGAUGGUGAUGAUCAAGAUGGCGUUGCGAACACCUGCUGGGUGUCAGUGUGUCCCAAAGGCCUUUGGAUGGUCCAGAAGAAGCAAACCCAGUCUGGAAGUCAACAGAAAGUUUGUAAUCCUGGAAAAGUGUUGUCGUCUGGCUACAAACCGAGAAUAGGCUCACUCUGCCGUGUUCGUGUGCGUCUCAAAGCGGACAUGGAUGAUGCGAGACAUUUGGUGAAAGGAGAUGAGCCCAACCAAGGAGACCGACUUGAUGUUGCAGAUUCCCCAAGGUGUCAGGACUCAGUGCUGCAGGUCAUGCUAGGUGACUGGGCCACACUGCGUCUUGGGGAAGGUCAUUGUGAUGUCACAGAAGCCUGCGUGGAGAGCAUGGACGCUGGGGAGACAUGUGAGAUACGCCUGACUCCGGUAAAUGGAGCUGAUAUGUUGAACUCUCAGCCUGCGGAGGAAAUUUGUGCCACAGUGGAGCUCCAAGCUUUCACACCAGGAAAGGAAUUCUGGCAGAUGCCACCUGGUGAAAAAUGGGAGUGGGCAAUUUCCCAUAGAGAGAGAGGUGGGGAGAGAUUCAGAAGUGGGGAUGUGUGGGGAGCAGCAGACAGCUACAGUCGUGCCCUCAAACUGGUCAUCGCCCUCCGUGGAUGUGAGGUAAGCAGAAAAGAGGACGACAUAGAAGAAGAAAAAGUCACAAACACUGAAGAUGAAACACAACUUCCUACAGUUAAUCAGCUCCAAAGCACAAAGGCCGAACUCCACUCAAACUUGUCUUUGUGUCAGCUCAAACUGAAGCAGCCAGCGCGCGCCAAGGAAAGUGCCGCUAAGGCCACAAAGCUGCAACCAGGUGGGGCUAAAGCGUGGUAUCGACUAGGCCAAGCCUGCCAGAUGUUGAAUGAGCUGGAGGAGGCCCGAAUGGCAUUCAGACAACUGCUAAAGCUGCAGCCAGAAUCCACAGCUGCAGUGAAAGCGCUUAAAGAAGUUGCGAGUAGAGAAAAGCAGACAAACGCACAAUUAGGAAGGAGACUCAGUAAAAUGUUUAGCUAGCUGAAAUGUCUUAUCACGAGUAUGACUUUCACAUGGCAAUCACACCUUUGUUUUAAUUGUGUCAAUCGCAGAUGCUCUGUCUCCUCCAGGUACUCAGUUCUGGCUAUAAAUACCUCUCAUAAUUUGCUCUAAACACAGCUGACUAUAAAUAAUGCAAUUGAUAUAAAAAUGUUGCUGCAUUGACACGAAGAUAUAAAGAUGUUUUUUGUUGUUUUAAUUAAAACAACCUUUUCAGGAUCUUAUGGAAUCUGCAGCUGUACUAUGAUCUCUGAAGGGGCACUUGCGUUGCAACUUCUUAAAGCCCACUUCUUGUGAGUAUGUUUAAUUACGUGUUUUUAGAACAUUGCACUUUCUUGAUGCUUCUUAGUUGCUGUAAUACAGAGACUUUGACGACUGUUGCGUUUGGAUGUUGCUGUGGCACUAAAGUAAUUAAAAGUAAAAAUGUGUGCUUUCAAA